AUGUUUCUUCUUUCCCUUUUUGUGUUCAUAUGCCACAAUUUUUUUAUCUGUUGCUCUCUGCUUAUAUAUAUUUACAUAUGUACGUGCGGUGCAAGCCCGUGCCUUUCUCCUCGUGUGUGUGUGUGUGUGUGUGUGUUUGUGAUCGUUUCUUUUUUUUUCUUGCACCCUCUCGUUUCAGCCCACCACACAUACGAUUUGUGA